AGAAAGCAUGACGUACGUCGCUGUUUGUUUUGUUUUUCUUCAUUCAUUCCAUUUUUCGAGAAGUGACAAUAUUUUUACACUGUCUAAUGUUUCAAGAAGUUUUCUAAAAUAUACAGAACAAAUGUUUUUGAAAUACUCGGCAGUUAAAGAAGUGGGAUUGCCUAGUUUGAAAGAUAACAAUUUGAAUGACAAUGUUUCAGCAAAAAACUUUAACUACAGCAAAUCAAAUGCUUUAUUUUCAAACGUAAUUGAACAAGUAAGUGAAAUCACUUCUAAUAAAAGUCACACGACAUCUAAUAAUGAUUUAAAAACUAGCUUUGAAUAUACUGUCAUAGAAAACUACGUUGAUUAUGUUAUAUUAACAACACUUGCAACUUCAGCUGUUAAACCUUCGUUGUUGUAUUACUCCAGUAUUUCUAGUACAAGAACAGUAAAAGAAAACAUAGACUUUGCUUUUCAAAGUUUUUCCAUUUAUGAAACCCCAAUUCUCAGCCAUUCACCAGUUCUCAGCUGUUCACCUAAAUACUCUUCAAUGUCGACCUAUAAAAUCUUAGACCUUUCUUUUGGAUCCAACAAUGCUGAAAUAAUUGUUAAUACAACCGUAAUUAACGCCAGCGAUAGCUAUGUAACAAAAACAUCAGUGCAUAACACAUCGCCAAACAUAUCAAAGGGCUCAAGUGGCACUCUAAAUAUAUCAAAUGACUCUGUGAUUAUCUCAAGUGGCAUACAUUUUGUUUACCAACAUAAAACUGUUAACCUAAAUAACUCUGCCUCUGUUGCAAAUAAUUCAUCUCACCAUUCUUUGAAAUAUUCGAAAUUUAUUUAUUUUAUUUCCUCGAAUUCGCCGCUAAAUGUUUCUUUUUUACAUACGUCGAACCCAUUUGUUUCAGCAUCUCUGGAUUUAAACAAAACUCAGUUAAUGAUAAUGAUUUUCUCAGAACUAAACACUAUUAUGUCUUCAGACUUUCAAAUGAAUUCAGCAUUGUCUGUUACUUUAAAAAAGUUUCAAACAUCGAAAACAGUUUCACACCUGAAAAACACGCUAUAUUCUAAAGUAGAUUAUUCUAAAUUACAUUUUUCCGAAAAUCUAAUAAUUUCAAGAUUAUCAGAUUUGAAAAUAACCAGUGGAAGAUAUAUAAAUCCAACAGCGAUUGUUUUUACAUCCGUUUUAAAUGUGCUGCCAAAUGUGACGGAUAAUUUACCGACAGACGUUGCUCUGUUAGCAAGUAAACAUGCACUUUUUUUUUCAAGUUCAAUUUUACAAUCAAGAAUUGUCAGCAUUUCUCAUGAAGCAAUCUAUUUAUACAUUCAAGCUCCAUUUAAUGCAAAAAAGUUGACAAAAAUUGUUAUUUUUGUGCAAGAGCUUCAUCAUCUUUAUUUAGAAGUCACAAAAGUUUCCACGUGGUACUAUGUAAACACAAACAAGACUUUUCGUUUUUAUAAGUAUUGUGCAAAAAUGGUAAACCAAUCAGAAACUAAUGCGUUGUUGGAAAACGAGCUUUUUGUUCAAUCUAAUCAGUUUUUAUUUAAAAUUGGUGUGGAAGUUUGCGAAGACCGCAAUAUUAUUAUUUGUAACGGACCUCUCAAACCAAAUCAUAAUUACCGAAUCCAAAUAGAAUUUUAUUACCAUGGUAACUUAAGUGUUGAAGCACAUUUUACAAGCAUUUAUCACACUAGCAAUAAAAUUAGUAAACAAGUUCCGUUUUGGUUACGUACAAAUAUUGUAGUUUUAAUUGUUCUUUGUGCAAGCCUCUUCAUUCUUGUUUUUGUAUUUACCGUUAUCUUUGGAAGAAAGAAAUAUACCAGAAACCGGAAGACCUCGCACGAAAACACGCAGCAAAAUACUAAAUCCGCACUUGUGCCUUCGUGUCAGAAUAGAAGCGCUGGAAAAAGGAAAUUCGAUUUACUAUUAGAGAGUGAAAAAUCAGUCAAAGGAAUGACCAGACCGGUAUCAAUACGCGACUUCAAGGCUUGGGUUGAUCGUAGUACUUCCGAUAGUGGGUAUAGAUUUGCAGAAGAAUUUGAGUCUAUGCGUGAUGUUGGAAAGUUGGAACGCCACGAAGUUGCUAGCAUACCGGAAAACCGCGGAAAAAACAGAUACACCAAUGUAUUACCGUAUGAUUAUACUCGUGUAAAAUUAUCAUUCAUUGACGAUGAGCAAGGCUCUGACUACAUAAACGCAAAUUACAUACACGGUUACAAAAAUCCUCGUGCUUACAUAGCGACCCAGGGUCCAUUGCCUAGUACCACAGAAGACUUUUGGAGAAUGGUUUGGGAGCAAAACUCAAAUGUCGUUGUCAUGUUAACUCAGUAUAUGGAGAGAGGAAAAGUAAAGUGUUCACCAUAUUGGCCGACAACUACCCCGAUCAAAUACGGCGAUGUCACAGUAAAACGACUUAGUGAACAUGUUUACAUGGAAUGGGUAGAGAGACAAUUUCUAUUGAUGUGUGAUGGAGAAAAACGUACCAUUACUCAUUGUCAGUAUACAGCAUGGCCAGACCACGGUGUACCAAAGUCGUCAAUUGAGCUCUUACAAUUUAUCCAAACAGUAAGAACAAUUCAGCAACCAACAGAUGGCCCUCUUAUUUGUCACUGCUCGGCUGGAGUUGGAAGGACAGGAACCUACAUAUGCAUAGAUAUUAUAAUGAAUAAACUCCAAGCUGAAAAUAAUAUUGAUGUGUAUGGAGUAGUCUCUGCCAUGCGGACUCAACGAUCCUCAAUGGUUCAAACAGAGGAUCAGUAUAUCUUCAUUCAUCGUGUUAUUCUUGAUUACUUAAUUCAAAAAGAAACAACUGAUCAUAUUUUUAUUCUUAAAAGUGGUCUGCUUAUAAACAAGGUGAAUGGACGAACUUUUUCAAAACUUGUUGAUGAAAAUGUUGAGUUAGCAUCAGAAGCUCUUCUAAGUGAAGAGAAGCAAUACGACAUUUCCAAAAGUUCACCAACAAGUAUAAAAAUCGAAGAUAUAAUUGAUAUCAACGAAACGGUAGCAUAGUUGAAAUAAGAUUUUAAUCGGUUACAAUGGCUCGUUUUACCUACGCGUCUUUUAAUAUUUAUAGUCAAAAAUAAAAGAUAUUUUUAUAA